UCGCGGCCUGCCAUACCGCCACGCCUCUAUUUGUCAUUUGAUGAGCCGGAGAUCACGCUCGAUCCCGGGCCGAUCCCGAGCUCCACGGCGCCUUCUCCCCUCCUCGCCUUCAAUCUUCUGUAUCUGUUCCUCGUUGCCUUGAUACGCUCGAACCCUAGUCUUAAGGAGCCAGCCUUCCCCUUUUUGGCCUUUGGAACGUUUAUCGAUCAGCAAUUGAAAAGUGAAAUAGAGGCUGUCUGUCUUUGUUCUUCCGAUCGGGACGAGUAUCUAUGAGGGCGGGGGAGUGGAUGGAGCGCGGGGCUGGUCCCUGGAGGGACCAAGUUCGGGAGCUGCAACUGCGCAUUCGGAACCGAUUCCGUGUGGCGGUCGUUCGCCGACGGCACCGUCUUGUGGAGUCGGACUACUCGAGCCCCGUGAAGCGCUGGCUCCACCGCCUCCGGAACAUGUGGGUUGUGAAUCCGGCUCCUGACACUCCAACCUCGUCGAUGAGGUUCUAUCGUAAAAAAGUUGGCAAAGCCAUAAAUGAUGAAUCAAUCUUAGUUCGUAUGGUUCAAGCUUUGGCUGUCCCUGUUAUUGGUAAUGCUUGUUAUGUAUUUAUGCAUGGCCUUAAUCAUGUCCAGAUAUAUGGUGUGGAAAAAUUACACCAGGCUUUUAAGCAAAGACCUGAAGGCAAGCCCUUACUAACGGUUAGUAAUCAUGUUGCAGCUGUUGAUGACCCACUUGUGAUAGCUUCUUUGCUUCCACCAAGUAGUUUGUUGAAUGCUCAUGAUCUAAGAUGGACUCUCUGUGCAACUGAUCGUUGUUUUAGGAAUCCGUUGCUGUCUGCAUUUUUCCAUUGUCUCAAGGUUCUACCAGUUUCACGUGGUGAUGGUGUUUACCAGAAGGGAAUGGAUAGUGCUCUAUCCAAGCUGAACAAUGGUGGAUGGGUCCAUAUAUUUCCUGAAGGAAGUCGCUCUCGGGAUGGAGGUAGAACUAUGGCUGCUGCUAAGAGAGGGGUUGGAAGAUUAGUGAUAGAUGCAGAUACAACUCCUAUCGUUAUUCCCUUUGUUCACGCUGGAAUGCAAGAAAUUAUGCCUAUAGGAACACAUUUCCCAAAGAUAGGGAAAAAUGUCACAGUGCUCAUAGGGGAUCCACUUUUCCUGGACGAUUUGGUCGUGUAUAAGGAUGAUUCCCAACAUGUCUCCACUGGCAUCCUAUACGAUGCUGUCUCGACCAGGAUUGAACAACAACUCCAGGAGCUAAAAGCUCAAGUUGAUCGAUUAGCAGCUGAACAAGAAUUAGAAAUCAGGGAUGUAGAUAAUAGAGAUUGCGCAACUAGAAUUUGGCAGCAGGUUGAUUGGGAAGCAUUUGGCAUGCAAAACAUACUAGAGGAACCAGCAGGGACAACUAGUAGGGCAACACAUAAUCAUCCAAUACAAGUUCUUGAGCAGUCUCCUAAGUCCAAUUUUUCUCGGAGUAUUAAGCUGGUUGAUGAAGGUGGGAUUGUCUCAAGAAUUCGCGGUUUUAUGGAUCCAUCUGAGCUUAUGGGUUUUGCUGCUAGAGGUCUGUUUAUCAAUGGUAGGAUAAUGGAUGAGUGUCAUUAGAUCCUCUGAGAUGGUGCCCUAUUCAGGCCUGAAAACAUUUUGCACGAUGGAACUUGUUCUGCGGUACGAGUUUUUAUUUGUUUAGCCACUAAAAGUUUCAAGCAACGGGCGACGCCCAUGUUUGGGUGAAUCAACAAAAGAAAUGGAAAAUUUAUUAUUCAGAGCUGCUGCCUCUUUCUCAGAGGAUCAUUUCUCAUCUUCAUCGUGAUACAUGGACGGAAAGGAGGAUUGGGAGGUUUAUCAAUAGGCCUAAUCGACUUCCAUUUUGACUAUCAAGUUGGCGUCAGGAAAAUCUGAACAGACAACAGUGACAUUAAGGCGAAUCAAAUGUCACAAUGGCGGAGCUGCACAGCGCAGCAAGCGGAGCUGCGGAAGCUCCGGCGGAACUUCAGCACCAAUGUCCUGGCUCUUGUCAGCAGGUUGGCUUCUUCAAGAGGGAUUCAUUGAUGAGUAAACGGACGAAGGGGAUUUUUAUCUAUCAAUUGAUGAGUAAAAACUAAAUAUUAUGUCCAUAAAAUACCAUAGUAAUUAACGUUCGAAA